GAUCGCUUAAAGGCCCAAUUUAGUAUACUUGUCUGGCUUAACGCGACAGAAGAAUUCUGCAGUUUUUAUAACUUAUCAACUCCGCCGUCGCCAUGUCUCUCCGUAAAACCCUAACCGCCGUGAAUAAACCGGGUUCUUCAAUCUCCGCCGGUAAUCUUACUAAUGUUUCAGAGGUCACUGGUUCUUCUUCUAAAAUCACGUUUCGACCUCGUAAAUUAAGGAAAGUAUCGUCAGAUCCGAUCAUCGUCAUCACCGCGUCGUCUCCUUCUCUAUCAACCAAAUCAGCGGUUGAUCUCGCUCUCCUUCACUUAAAAAGCUCCGACGAACUCCUCGGAGCGUUAAUCACAACGCACAACGAUCCUCCAGUGUUCGAAUCAGCCAAUCCUCCGUUCCUCUCCUUAGCGAGAUCCAUCAUCUACCAACAGCUCGCGACGAAAGCAGCCAAGUGUAUCUACGAUAGGUUCAUCUCUCUGUUCGACGGCGGUGAAUCAGGUGUUCUCCCUGAGUCGUUGAUCUCGCUCUCCGCCGUUGAUCUCCGUAAGAUCGGUGUCUCCGGGAGAAAAGCGAGUUACCUCCACGAUCUAGCUGAUAAGUACAAGAGCGGUGUGCUCUCCGAUGAAUUGAUUUUGAAAAUGAGUGAUGAAGAGUUGAUUGAUCGGUUAACUUUGGUUAAAGGGAUUGGAGUUUGGACCGUUCAUAUGUUUAUGAUCUUCUCGUUGCAUAGACCUGAUGUUUUGCCUGUGGGUGAUCUUGGUGUGAGGAAAGGUGUUAAAGAUCUUUAUGGGUUGAGAGAUCUUCCUGGUCCUUUGCAGAUGCAGCAGCUUUGUGAGAAAUGGCGUCCUUAUAGGUCCGUUGGUUCGUGGUACAUGUGGAGACUCAUCGAGGCUCGUAAGACCAAAUUGUCCAAAUAGCACCCUAAUUGCUAGCAACAGUCCUAGUAACAUGACUGAUCUUCUCUCAGUGAAGCUUCGAUAUCGUUCGUUGUAGUACGAUUUGUUGCAAUCAAUCAUUUCAGUAAUGAUUACUGAAGACCCUGUUGUUCUUGGUCGGCUCGGACAGAUACACUCUGAUUCUGUGACGAAUAAGCUAUUCCACUCCCAUCACUUCUCUUCCAAGUUUCACUGGCUAGUAAUCUGAGUUUUCUUUUUUCUUUUGUAUAUUUGAGCACGUAAAGAGAAAACUUUUUUUUUGUAUCCUAACCGUGUUCCACAGAUCUAGUUAUAAUUCUGUGAUUGUUGUAACUUGUAAACAUGUAUUAUAUGUGGUUUUCAUUUUGCUUUGAUUUGUUGUA